AUGGCUGGCGUCUCAACUCCAGUCCUGGCGGUAGCCGUCGCACUGGUCACGGUUCUGUUCGUUGUCUCAAGGAUCAAAAAUGGUGACUCGUCUCGAAAACCGCUCAAGCUCCCGAUCAUCGGCGACCUCCACAGCUCGCCGCUGGAGAAACCGCUCUCGAACUGGGACAAAUGGACCAAAGCCAACGGGCCAGUGGCCGCCUCGAAGCUCUUUGGCAUCGUUCCGAUGGUAGUACUCAACACCUCUGAGGCGGCGACGGAGCUCUUCGGCAAGCGCGGCGCGCACUACAGCAACCGACCGAGCUCGGUAAGCAUGGAAAUGAUUACCGGGGCGGAGCCGGGGAAGUCCAAGUUCACUCUGAUGCACGACUACGACGCCAACCUGAAGCUGCACCACCGCAUGCUGUCACCGAGCCUUGGAGCCGUCGCCGCGCCUCGGUACCAGCCCCUCAUGGAGCUGGAGUCGAAGCAGCUCUUGGUUGAUCUGCUAAGCGCCAUCCUAGCACUGGGCAAAGACGAUGUGGUCAUGGAGAGCACGGAGAUCCACCAUCUCCUCGAGCGCACGCAAGCCAGCGUCAUCCUGGGACUGCACUACGGCAUCCGCGUCCCGUCUACCAGCGAUCCAGUCUUCAACCAGGUCGUCGACGUGCACAAGGAAGUCACCUAUGUCGCCGCCAACCCAAGUCUCGUCGACUUCAUCCCGCCCCUCCGGCACUUGCCAGCGUUCCUAUCGCCUUGGCAGCGCGCCGCGGACAAGCUCUUCAAGUCGCAAAGCGAGCUGUACCUGUUCCUGCUCUAUCAGGGGAUGAAUGGGCCUGGCUGGAACGCAACUAAGCAAGCGCGCGCCGUCGCUGCCAAAUACGUCGAGGACGGGUCCGUGCCGGAAAUAGACCUCGCCUUCACGCUUGCGACCAGCGUCCAGGGCGGCAUGGAGACUGCCCCGAGGCAGAUGCUGUGGAUGCUGGUCGCUGCCCAUGAGAACCCGGAUUUCGUGACGCGGGCGCACGCCAUCCUGGACAAGUUUGUUGGCAGGAAGAGGCUGCCGCGCUUUACGGAUCGGUCCAAGCUGUCGUAUAUCGACGCCGUAAUGUCGGAGGUCAUGCGGUGGCGGCCCGUCACACCUGGGAGCGUCCCGCGGAGGGCGGACAAGGAAGACGAGAUUUAUGGCACCCGCAUCGUCAAGGGCGCGACCUUGUUCGCGAACACGUGGGCCAUCGGGCGCGAUAAGGAGGUUUUCAGCGAGGAGGUGGGCGAUUUAGGGGAUUUCGUACCGGAGAGGUGGUUGGACGUGGAUGGGAAUGUGCGCACUGAUCUGCCGUUGGCAGUGUUCGGACAAGGCAGAAGAAGCUGCCUUGGCAGACGUGUGGCUGCGGAUAACAUUUUCAUGGUGUUCGCAAAUCUACUAUGGGCUUUUGAUAUUGUGCCCGUGGAAGAGGUUGAUACAAUGGCUAUGGACGUGACGGGCUUCAUGACGAUGCCCUCGGGCUUCAAGUUCGGGAUUAAGCCUCGCGGACCGUGGGUUGAGGAGGUAAUACAGAGCAGCUGGAAAGGGGUUGAGACAGACUUAAGCAGGAUCAUGGGGGAAUGGUCAGAUGUCGACAGAUGA